CGCAUUUUGUUACUCCAGUGUCGCCUGAAUAAGUCAUUAGUACUAUUUUGGAAUGUUCUGGUAGCAAUUAGAAAUUUGUUACAACUGUUAUUUGCUGUUGUUACAUAGGACAGAUUUCGAGAGGAAUAUUAAUAAUAACUUGAUCAAUAUAUUGUUACAUUUUACAAUAUGGACGUUUUUGGCCAAAAUAAGUCACAGAUGAACACCACCAUUCCGACCGAAAACUGGACCUCUAUAUACUCUAUAGUUCGAUGGAUACAAAUAACAAUGGCCGUCCUAAGCAUUUUAGGUGCUGGCUCCAUAAUCGUAUGUGCCUGUUUAAAAGGACUAGUAAGAAAACCAGAGGUGCUGCCGUUAUUCUUGUUAAGUGUAACAGACCUGCUGUUAGCUUUGAGUUGGAUGUGUGGAGGUCUUCUCUUCACCCAGUCCUGUAAAUCUUACACCACCUGCUACAACCUCCACAUAGUGGAACAGACGCUUUACAUGGCCUCGUUCUUCUACACGCUGCACUAUGUUUGGGUGCUCUACACCGGACUAAUGGGGAAGUACAAGAGACUCAACGGUUUCCCAGCCGAGAAUGCAGCAAACACAAGAAGCUGCAGAUGUCUUGGUCCUGUACUGUCAUGUCUUUUGCCUUUAAUGCUCACAGCGCCUGUGUUUGUAGCAGGAAAUGUGUUUCAGUGUUACACAAACUUCACCCAGCCCUACAGAUGUUUGCUGAUGCAUACAGGGGCUGUGUAUCUCACCUCAUCUGUAAAUACAGAAAUUACAGCAUGUAGUGUCAUUCAAGACUACUGCAUGACCAUUUUCCUUACUACCUUCCUCGUCACCUUCAUUGGCAUCACGACUCUCAUGUGUAAAGCUCGCUCCCUGUACAAGCGUGUCAUCACGUCUCAAGGUUUCUUUGGUGACAAUCAUUGGGAAACUCUGCGUCUCCUGGAACGGCGUAUGCUGCUUUAUCCCUCAGCCUUCUUCUUCUGCUGGGGACCAGCACUAAUUCUGGCCACUAUGAUGCUGGUAAAACCGGACAUAAUAGAGGGAAGGAUGGGAGUCAUUCUCUACAUCCUACAGGCCUUCACCUCUGCUUCUCAGGGUCUGUUAAACUGCCUGGUUUAUGGCUGGACACAGCAGCACUUUCGCUCUCUCAGUGGCAGCAACACCCUACGGGACGCCAAUACCCAGACUCCCCUGCUGCGCUCCCAGAAACGAAACUACGCUGCUUUGAGAUCUGCUGCAUCACUCACCAAUUUUGUCUGACAGAGAGACACGCAAGAAUCUCUGUAAUGCAUUGAGAAAUGCAUUGCAUUGCAUUGCGUUGCUUUAAACCAAAACGACUGAGGAAUCGAACCCAUGACUUGGCUGUUGCGAGCGUCGUGCUCUACAGAUGGAGCUACCGGAGCCUGUCAUGCGUGAAGACCAAUGAAAGCAAACACAGCAGAAGCCGUUUGUUUUGCUGUGGUAUUACCAACACCGGAUGGCAGAAAAGGAAGCUCUGCUGAAAUGGGAGCUGAACGUUUGUUCUUCUACCUUGGUUUUGUUUUGAGAUUUCAGAUGCUGCACCUGCUGCUAGUUUAGCUGAGAAACCCACUUCAGGAAACCGUUUCAUCAUCCAGCCUCUAUAAUACUUGCUUUUGCAAUGACAUGAUCGAGACUUUCAGGUCAAGACACACUGCUGGGCUGUCAAAAAGGGAAAGACCGAAGGGGGAUUCCGGCCAGAGGGAAAUAGCUCUGAAACAGGAUCUGAGAGGACGAUGCUGCUGCUUUCCAACCACA